AUGUUGAACACAACAGUAACCUUAACCCACACCACCCCAAUCCCCGCCUCCCUCACCCGCGAAGCCGCCCUAGCCCUCAUCCACGAUGCAGAACACCACAUCAACUGCGACCCCAACAUGAAGGACUACACGGCCCGCACGCCCGCCAUCCCGCCCACCGUGCCAAAGGACAUUGACCCCAUCGCCGCGACGCAGUGCUUCUCCGUCACCGAUAGCGUGCCCACGAUGCUGCCGAAAGCCAUCUGGAACAGCGACGCCGUGAGCGACUACGAUUUCACGUUUACAAAGGACGGUAGCUUCGUCCGCACGAGUUGUCCGCUCAGUGUCUUGCUCGAGACGCGCUGGCGUAUAAAGGACGCCGAGGGGGCCGAGGGCGAUGGGGCGUUGGAGUUGGAGGAGGUUGUUGAGAUUCGGUGCUCGAGGCUUUUGGCUGGAGUUGUCAAGUCGCAGUGUGAGAUGAAUUGGAAGGGUUUCCACGAGAAGAUUCUGGCAGGAAAGAAGGCGUGA